AUGAAACGAGCUGCCGCUUGCGAGGCAGAUGACGAGCGAAAGUCGUCAAAGCCUCGCUUAAAUGUUCCCUCGUUCCCCUUUGACAACCACCUUGAUCAGAAUCCCUUUGACAUCUUUGAGAAUGGCCCAAAUCCUGCAGGGUUCAUCCGAGGCAAAUUCUUCAUGGUCUGGCGACCAUCGGCGUCGGCGCAGAAGUUUCUUGCCGUCGUCGAAGUUGCUCCUGAGCCCAGCCUGAAGUACACGGAUUCACGUACAGUUCGUUUUCAAGUCGAGUUUUCUGGUCGUUGCGCAAAAUUCUUCCACAUCUUUACGGAUUCCAUCAGCGUCGCGACACACUUUAUUCUGUCGCUGGAAGGCGCUCACCUUGAUAAACGCAGCAGUAGCUCGGUUGGCCUUCCCAUGACAAUUAGUUUCCCCGACGGCGUUAAAAUCAAAUGUACCCGAUCACACAAGGAGGUGGUAAUUGACACUUGGAUGAUGGAAAAGUUGGAAGAGGCACAAGAUGCAAAUUGGUUUUCGACCCCAUUAGUGACAUCGAAACGGUGUUCUCUGAUCAGUGGGCCUCCAGCUGAUGAGGGAGGAAACCCUAUUCCUCUUCAGCCCUCGCUCCAAUCGUCAAAUGCGAAUAUACCCUCGAUUUCCGUCAAUGACACUCGGCCGCCGCCCGAUGGGCUUGCUCCUCAACCGCUGUCAAACUCAAUAUCUUCAACCAUGCUUGUGGCACCUAACCAGCCAUUGACUGCGAAGCAAAAAAAGAAACAAAAACGUGCAGCCAGGGCAUCCUUAGGUGUUUCGGAAACGGCAAAUUUGGAUCAUGCGGUAGAAAAACAGCCCGUUGAAAUCUCGUCCGUCAUGCCAUCGCCUACAACCGAGUUAUCCAACCCCUCACCCAAAGUUACGAGCGACCACGCGACAUACACUUUAUUGAAGGACAUCGCCUCGAAUGGUCACUGUCAGCAUAAUGUCGCUGGUGUCGUAAUUUAUAAGUCUAGCCCCAAGCAAGUCGACUCUAGCAAAGAUUGGCAUUGCAGCUUUCGAAUGGUAGACCCAGGCACUGCAAACCUCGAGGUCUCUGCGUCGUUCCGAGGCAUCCAGGUCAAUUGCUUUAAAAAAGCCAAACAUUGGCUACCUUGCCCUGAGCUCGGAGACAUUAUAAUCCUGCGAGGUGUUAAGGUCUCCAUGUUUAGGGGAAAUCUCACUUUGGCUGGUUAUCACGAUAUACUUUGCUGGGCCAUCUUCUCAUCAACGAAGGUAAAGAUACAUCAUGGUGAUGAGACAGAAGUUUCUGCGCCCGAAAUGUCGACUGCGGGGUCUCGAUCUUUGCAUUUCUUCGAUCCUAAAGAAUCCGACCUUCAAUAUUGCCAAAAGCUAUCGAGCUGGUGGUGUAACCUUCAGAACGGCGAAAAGAACAAUGCUCAAGAGAACGCUGUUGCAAAUAUGUAUCAGGUUCCCAUCGGUGGUGGUGUCAGACGACAUUGUUUAAUCAGAGAAGUCCACCCUGAUAGACCUCCGUGUGGUUAUUUUGAUUGCACAGUUGAGGUACUUGCUGGCUUUCCUAACCUUCAAGACAACAUUUACAGCCUUUAUGUUACUGAUUACACAUGCAAUAAAGAUUUGUAUCCCGUUCAAGCAAAAUGGUGUCCUGCGUCCAUGGCCACGCUCGUGCUCAAAAUAGAGAUGUGGGACAGUGCGGCUACUUUGGGGCGACGAAUGGAAAAAGGAAGCUUUUAUCACAUACGGAACGCCCGGAUGAAACGGAGCAAUUACGGCUGUCUGGAGGGCAAAGUGGUUGAACAAAAAAUUACCCAAUUAGAGGAAGGGGAAUCGGAAACGAACCUAUACCUCAGGGCCCUACUGGAGCGGAAACAAGCGUGGGAGAAGGUUGAAGACUCAUCUGCCCAGUUCGAACAUCGCUUGAUCGAAGAUGCUGUCGAAGAUUCCUUUUUCAAUGGCACGGUGGAGAUCUUACGACUCGAGGAGAGCGAUGGGCCAUGUUUAUAUGUUACAGACUACACUGCCCAUCCCCAGCUCUCUCCAAAUUACUCAGGUACCUGGACCUUGAAUCUUCAAGGACGCAUUCUUCGAGUCUUAUUGGACAACGAACAAUAUGAAAUGGCAAAAUUACUUAAUGUGCCUGCCUACUAUCGCAUUAACAAACUCCGUCUGCGUAUGAACAAAGCAGUAAAGUUGCUUCACGGAUUCCUUGGUGGCAACGAGAGAAAAAUACAAAACUUGACCUUGGAUGCUGGCGAUGAGCGUUAUGCAGAAUUGAUUCGACGUAAAUCGCUCUGGCAGCAGCAGACGAGCUCGGCACCCGUUCAAGGUCUUUAUUACUCAACCAUCAAACAAAUCUUGGAAUUCGAUCGAUAUCCUAAUAAACACAGGAUAUUCGCUAGGGUUAUCAAAAUGUAUCCGCCAGACCUGAGGAAUGCCAUUAUCUUGUUCUGUUCUCGAUGCAAGUCAGAGAUUGAUCCAUCUCGGAAAGCUUGUUACGAUUGCUACGAUUUCGAUCACGAAUAUGUCCAAUAUUUAUACCAUCUUGCUUUGGCGAUAGAGGAUAAAGAGGGUCAGCAACUCGCAGUAUCCGUUGAUGAUGACUGUCAUUUAUUCAAUGAUUUGAGGCGGAUAGAUAUUCGCGAUAACUCUGAAGCUCAAAUCAAGUUACGUGACCGUCUUAAGCCGUUUCUCGGGGCCCUGGUGGACCUUCAUCAGCCUUUGGGCAUGGAUGCUGUCCAAUCGACUGCAUUCCACACCCUCGUCAUUGAAUGUUGGAAAAACUCAGAAGGGGUACCUAGCUUUGGGCUUGCACGGGUAGGUGCCUAG